GGAAGUACAAGCAAAUAUUUGAAACAAACAAAAGCCCCAGGAAGUGGCAUGCUUGGGAGAAAAAAAGGAACUAGGAGCUGAGGUUUGAAAAUGUUACACAAUAAAAUGCGGAGUGAAAAUGUGUUUAGCAUCCUUCGAGAUUAAAUGAAAUUUAAGGCAAUCUCGGUGAAGAGGAGUAGGCUCUUGUGAUCUUUAGCAACAUUGUUAUGCAUGUUGGUCUAGCGUGAUAAUACCAGCAGCCGGUGAAAUGUCAUUUAAUAGCAUGCCUGUGGGGAUUCUUUGUUCUGUUUGAGGGAAGUUUUUGUGAAGCCUUGUCCGUGGUGCGUUACCUUGGCUUUAAAUGGUAUCAAAUAAUUUUAAAACGAAAGUGUUGCGCGUAUUUAAAAGCUCAAGCUCGCUAGCAGAGUUUAGCAGCUAAUUCGCUAGCACAGUUCCACUGUUGGAAGUUCAGCUACUUCGUAGAAUGACUGCCGCGGUAUUUUUUGGCUGCGCUUUUAUAGCAUUUGGCCCUGCGCUCGCUCUUUUUAUUUUUACCAUCGCCAGAGAUCCACUACGAGUCAUUAUUCUGAUUGCGGGGGCUUUUUUCUGGCUCCUGUCUCUUCUGUUGUCCUCCUUGGUAUGGUUCAUUGCCAUGAAGGCCAGCAGUACAAAGGAUGCCGAGUUGCAAAAGGGCCUGCUCAUAUUUGGGGUCAUGUUCUCAGUCCUGCUUCAGGAGGUGUUCCGAUUUGCCUACUACAGAUUACUGAGAAAGGCCAAUGAAGGCUUGGCGGCCAUUAGUGAUGAUGAAACGUCACCCAUUUCUGUCCGGCAAAUGGCUUAUGUGGCUGGGCUUGGCUUUGGAAUUAUCAGUGGCGCUUUCUCCAUGAUAAACAUCCUUUCUGACUCUUUGGGCCCCGGAACUGUGGGAAUCUUUGGAGACUCUCAGUAUUACUUCAUCACGUCAGCUCUGAUGACCCUGGCCGUGACACUGUUGCACACCUUCUGGGGCGUGGUGUUCUUCGAGGGCUGUGAGAAGGGCCACUGGUGGGUCAUCUGUGUGGUGGUGUGUCUCCACCUGCUGGUUUCCUGCAUGUCUCUGCUGAACCCGAUGUAUGAAGGCAGCCUACCUCCUGUGUAUGCUGUCACAGCACUGAUGGCUGUGUGGGCGUUCUUCUCUUCAGGAGGGUCCCUGCACAGCCUGUCACAGCUCUGUACCCGUAAGAGUGCAGAGGUGGAGGCUUCGUAAGGUGGUGGGCUCCUGGACUCGCGGGGUGACGCAGGUGCUUCAUUGCAGAGCUGUGUUCGCUGUUUGGAGCAAGUGCAGCGGCUAGCGGAAGACCAAGCACAGCGGCUGUCUCCGUAACAAGUGGCCUCUGGGGCUUGAGCUCAGACCCCCGUGACUGCCUGGCUUUCAGCCUGAGAGGUUGCGGGACUCUCAGACAACGCUCAUUGUAAAUCACUGUAAAUAGCUUGACUUCUGUACACAUGCGCACACAUUUAAUCUGUUUUUUCUUUUCCUUUUUGGGAUCAUAAGCAAGCAGGGAAUUUCUGUCUCCAGUUAAUUUGCUUUAAGCUCCUCAGUCAUUUCAUAGUGUGCUGGUAAAUCACUUUUUUAAAAAUGAUUCUUUAUUAAAACGUAAUGUGACUAUUGAACUAAGCCUCAGCAAGACAUGUUUAAAGGUAGUGGUGAGGUGGCCUAAUGGAUAGAAUUUGCCUGCCUUACACUCUGGAGCAGUCGCAUUCAAACUUCACUUGCUUGUUAAUUUUGGGGAAUAUUCAUGCAGCUGAUGGUGAUUUAACUGAUGGGUCUCUUGAUUGAUCAGAAACCCACCUGUAAAUGUUUGAGAACAAAUGGUCAAAUGUUAACCAAGCUAGAGUGCAAGGCAGGAUGUAAGUGUCUGGCUCCAGGCAGGUGCCAGCAUGCUUCAGCUGCUAAAUUGUCCCCAAACUUACAUAUCCCCUGUCACAUAAGUGCAUAAAUGGUUUAUCUAGUACCAUUUCACAUCUUUAAUGUCCAUUAAAGACCCAGGGAACCUAAAUUGGUUUUCUUUAUAAUUGGGUUCUUCCUGCUCUUCUGGGCACAGAGUGUACACAUAACAGGUGUGUUCUGUGAAUACCUUUCCAAAGUCCAUUAAAUGACAUUUGACAAACCCUUUCUGUGAUGUGAAAAGGGGGCGGUCCUUAUAUGGAAUAAAGCUUGCAUAAGCUUUACUUUCAACAUUCAGAAAGCUGCUGCCCCUCCGACACAUUCUGUAGUCCCGCUUUUUGAGCCUCUUCAAGAGAGAACAAGUUAGCUAGUCGGUGAGCAAAAGCUAUCAAGCAAGCAAAACAACCAAAUAUACAGUAUAAUUUGGUAUGGCUCUUAUACAUGUACUGGAAUAGCAGAUUCUACUCAGACCUAAAUUUGAUUUUAUAGGUCACAGUGUCACAAAUUGGGCAUAUUGGUGAUACCAAGAUUGCACGAUUUGGAAUCACAAGGUAAAUCUAAACGUAUCGGAACAGGUUCCAUUUUCAUCAUCAAACUAGAAACCUACCAUUGCAUCAGCAUCCCUAAAUGAGGCUUAUCUGGUCCUUGAACGUCAGAAUUAUUUGCACGGAUAUUCUCAUUGGGAGGUUCGUACAUGUGCAGAGGUUUUACUUUGAUUCUCCUUUUUAGUACCAUAGCUAGCUGCACGUCAGUGUCAAUCAGCUGUGCUUUUUGGAAUAUCAGGACCAUGCCCAGAGCAUUCUUAGUUCAGACUGAUGAGCCAGUUUAGUUGUUUGAGUAGAUGAUAUUUCUGUUCUGUGUUCAUUAAUUGAAAAUGUGCUAAAUGUUUAAUAUCAAACAAAUCUUUUUUAAAAAUUAUUAAUAUUUUAUAUGUUCCCUUGGUCUUUUAGGCCUUUGUACAGAGCCUGACCCAUUUGCUCACAUCAGAUGCCACAUGGGCGGAAUUUUUUAAAACUCUUCAGAGGACUUGUACUAUGGGACAAGCAUAUGCUAUGUAAAUGUUCAAGUUAUGUUCUGUCCUCUAAGGCAGUCCACUAGCAAGGAUGUUAAAUCAUCAUCUCUGUAUAUAGUAUAUCGAUUAUGCAGUAUUUGCUUCUUAAAAAAUUUUCUUCUCUCAUCUCAUUCACUAAAAGGGACGUUGUGUCUGGUUAACUGACCGUGGCUGUCUAUAGAUGUUCCUCAACUUUGAGCAUUUGAAUGACAUGUGUUGCGCUGGUCAACAACAGCAGAAUACAGGUCCUCCUUAAUGUAGCAGCUCAUUCAGACACAGCCGCUCCUUGAGCUCGUCACCGUUUCUAUCCAUCAGACUGUCCAUUUUCCAGGGCUCACUAAUGUGUGUUUUUUUGUUUUGGUUUUUUUGGGGGGUUUUUUUGUCUUUGUUUUUUUAAAAUAAUCCCCUCUUCUAUUGCCUCAUCAAGUGUGAACACAUUCAUGUAAAUGACAAGCAAUAUCUGGAUACCGUGGCUCUUUGCAGCAGUAUCCAUUUGGUUCUUCUGCUUCAAAUCGUGGUGCUGGCUUGUGCCAUUUCAGGGGAGACGUUCUUUGGUUGUAUAUUCUUAGCCUGAAUGAAAGGUUUUCGAAUGCGUGUACUUUCUUGACCAACAUGUCCCUUUGCUAUGUAGGGUAUUUGUUUAAAGCUGCUUGCUUUUCCAUUGCUGUGAGUCACAGUUCAGAAAUGCUUCCAUAGCACACUGAUUACACAUGUCCAUAAAACAAAUGCAUGUGUUCUCAGGUUGCACUUCAGAUCUGCUCAUAUCGAAAGGAACCUCCUUUCACGCCGCAUUUAUUAAGGUACUUCACAGAUCUCGAUUGAUACUUGCGCAGACGAUGUUGGCGAUGGAUUGCGCUGGUCUUGUUUUGGUACAGCCAAAGUGUACCUUUUGCUAACCACUGAGGUGCAGCAACUUACAAGCAUGCCUCCUUCACCUCAGGACACACUGUGUGAUUUCUAACAAGCAAGCCUGUCGUUCUGGACUAGUCCAAGGCAGCUCCCUCCUUCAGAGGCAUGGCUGGAGUUAACUUUGUUAUACCUAACUUGAACAUAUCAUCUCCUUGGGCCUUGUGGUAACCUAAACAAACAGCCACCUUCAGUGCAUGCAUGUUCUGGAGAAGAAUGGGUUCCUAUUGCAGUUCAUUUUAAGCCCUGUGUAUCUGUCUAGUUCUUUUUAAGGCUCCUGUUGUGUGUGUUGUAUGACCCUCUUCGUUUGUACCUGAGUGUGAUCCUCCCAGUGCUGCUGGGUUAGCAGGGAAGUGGUCUGCUGGUGCUGCACUAGAUAACUGUGUUGAAUUGCACCUUCCUAAUGGACCACAUCUGCCACAGCAAGUCUUGCCCUGUCUGUGUUCUACUGAAUGUCAUCACAACCGGUGCUCACCUGGAUUUUAGACAUACUCUUUGACAGUUAAUGACUAUGUAAUGUUUUGAUGCUGCUUUAUAACAUUUUAAAGAAUACAAUGUGCCAAACAGGGAAAUAUGUAAGGAGUCUCCUAUCGGGUUAAUUAAAUAAUAGCCUUGUAUUGAUGUAAUUAAAAAAAAUGUACUGACUUGA